AUGUCUACGAAACCUUCGUAUAAAGUUGCUGAUAUAAACUUAGCUGAAUUUGGACGACAGGAAAUAAUAAUGGCAGAAAAUGAAAUGCCUGGUUUAAUGGCAAUGCGUGCAAAAUAUGGGUCUCAAAAACCAUUGAAAGGUGCUCGUAUUGCUGGUUGUUUACAUAUGACUAUUCAAACAGCAGUGCUCAUCGAAACUUUAUUAGAACUUGGUGCUGAGGUACAAUGGUCCUCUUGCAAUAUAUUUUCAACUCAGGAUCAUGCAGCUGCUGCUAUUGCAAAAGUGGGUGUUCCUGUUUAUGCAUGGAAAGGACAAACUGAAGAAGAAUAUGAGUGGUGUAUUUUACAGACUCUAGUAUUCAAAAAUGGUCAGCAGCUAAACAUGAUUCUGGAUGAUGGUGGUGAUUUGACUAAUAUUGUUCACAAGAAAUUCCCUCAGUAUUUGCCAGGCAUUUAUGGUCUUAGUGAAGAAACUACUACUGGUGUGCAUAAUCUUACCAAGAUGUUUGCUGCUGGAAAAUUAAAGGUACCGGCUAUUAAUGUAAAUGAUAGUGUUACAAAAUCAAAGUUCGACAAUCUGUAUGGUAUUCGAGAAUCAUUACCAGAUGGUAUUAAACGAGCUACGGAUGUAAUGGUUGCAGGAAAAGUUGCAGUCGUAGCAGGUUAUGGUGAUGUUGGAAAAGGAGCAGCUGCUUCUCUCAGAGGAUUUGGUGCUAGAGUAAUUGUUACAGAAAUCGAUCCUAUUAAUGCUUUGCAAGCUGCCAUGGAAGGAUAUGAAGUUAGAACACUUGAGGAGGUAGUACCGAUAGCAAAUAUUGUGGUUACUACAACUGGCUGCAGAGAUGUUGUUCGAAGUGAACAUAUGAUGGAAAUGCCUGAAGACGCUAUCGUAUGCAAUAUUGGACAUUUUGAUGUGGAAAUCGAUGUCAGCUGGCUAAAUAACAACGCAGUCAACCGAAAUACAGUCAAACCUCAGGUUGAUAGAUAUUUGUUGAAAAAUGGACGACAUAUUAUUUUGUUAGCGGAAGGUAGACUUUGCAAUUUAGGUUGUGCUACGGGACAUCCAUCAUUUGUUAUGAGCACUUCGUUCACCAAUCAAGUGUUAGCACAAGUUGAAUUAUAUACAAAACAUGGAACUCCUCAGGAAUACCAAGUCGGUGUACAUGUACUGCCAAAAAUAUUAGACGAGGAAGUUGCCCGACUUCAUCUUGAUAAGCUUGGUGUUAAGCUUACAAAGCUGACGCAGGAACAAGCUGAAUAUCUUGGAGUACCUACUGAAGGGCCAUAUAAGCCCGAUCAUUAUCGUUACUAA